UCUCUGUGUUAACUUCUUUAAUUCCAUUUUUAUUUUAUCUCUUUCUGUAGCUAUUUCAUCAUAAAGAUUCUAUAUGGGUUUGGUGCAGAUUGAGAUGUCAAUAAAUGAUAUUUUUUUCCAACUAAAUCUGUCAAGAAAUUGAUUGAUUCAAAUAAAAAAGAUUUUAAACUCUUGAGCGAAUUCCCACUUCUAGAAAGAGGUUCUAAUGGAACUGUAUGUUUGUCUAUACGCUCAAGUCGAAGACUUUUUGAUCUUCUUGAAAUCAACUCUUCUACAAUUAGAAAUGCCAAAAUUAGGGUUUAUGAUUGUGUUGAUCUUGUUCUUGUUAUUGGCAUUGCAUACUGUGAUAUCCAAUUUCACGAUCUUUAAGCCUGUUAUCGUAUGUAGAAACAGUUCUAUCCUUUCCCAUAAAUUAGUCAAAUCUCAAAUAUGGCUUCAUCAAAUUCGUAUUCUUUCCGAAAGAAAUUCGAGUAAAAUGGAAGAGGAUUUAGAUACUCAAUGGAAACCAUUGCUAGAAGAGUUCACAUUCACAAAAAACUCGGCUCCUUUUAAUAGCUGUCAUGCUUCCACAAUAGUCGAGGUUAAUAAAGACUGCUUUUUAGUAGCCUACUUUGGGGGUUCAUAUGAAGGGGCACCCGAUGUCAAGAUUUGGUUACAAAUGCACAAGGAUGGUUAUUGGCAUGCCCCUGUUAUUGCUGAUGAGCAACAAGAUGUUCCAAUGUGGAAUCCUGUAUUAUUUAAGCUUCCCUCAAAUGAGUUACUUCUCUUCUAUAAAAUCGGGCAAGAGGUUCAAAAAUGGAGUGGAUGUAUGAAAAGGUCAUAUGAUAGUGGUGUAACUUGGAGUGAAAGAGAACAACUUCCUCCUGGUAUCCUAGGACCAAUAAAGAACAAGCCUUUGUUGCUUGAAAAUGGGAAGUUACUUUGUGGUUCAUCUGUUGAAAGUUGGAACUCUUGGGGUGCUUGGGUGGAGAUGACUUCAGAUUCAGGAAGAUCAUGGAAAAAAAACGGGCCAAUUUACAUUCAAAACGAGUCACUCAGUGUGAUCCAACCGGUUCCUUACAAAACCUCAAAAGGCAAUCUUCGUGUUUUAUUAAGAUCAUUUGAGGGAAUUGGUCGAGUUUGUAUGUCGGAAUCACUUGAUGGAGGUGAAAACUGGAGUUUUGUUGUUCCAACUGAGUUACCCAAUCCAAAUUCAGGGAUUGAUGGUGUGAAGCUAAGUGAUGGAAGGGUUUUGCUUGCUUAUAAUACGGUUUCCAGAGGGGUGUUGAAAGUGGCGGUUUCCGGCGAUGAUGGUGAUUCCUGGCGGGAGGUUGUGACAUUGGAGGAAACGGAUGGAAUGGAAUUCUCAUAUCCGGCUGUAAUUGAAGCAAGUGAUGGAUGUGUUCAUAUCACAUAUACAUAUAAUCGUACACAGAUCAAGCACGUUGUUCUUCAACCAAAAAUGAUGCUGUAAUACCAUGUUGAUUAUAAGAAUGGUGGUUUAUGUAUUAACGUAACAUCUUUGAAUUUUUAAGGUGCAAGUGUUGAUUAAUUUAUA